UAGUGACUCACUAUGCCCUGGCGUACCCGAGCAGUGAGUGCACUGCGUGCAGCUGGACUGUUGUCGCUGAUUUUAACAGAGUGCGUUUUGCAAACUUACGAUGGCCGACAGUAGAGACAAAGCUGCAGACCAGAUGAAGCUGUGGAAGGAGAGCAGGGGCUCUCAGAAAGCAGAGACUCUGACAACAGGAGCAGGUAUCCCAGUGGGGGACAAGUUGAACGCUCAGACUGUUGGACCGCGGGGCCCCCUUCUGGUUCAGGAUGUUGUGUUUACUGAUGAGAUGGCACACUUUGACCGGGAACGCAUCCCAGAGAGAGUAGUCCACGCUAAAGGUGCAGGUGCAUUUGGCUACUUUGAAGUAACCCAUGAUAUUACAAAGUAUUGCAAAGCAAAGGUGUUUAGUCAUAUUGGCAAAAGGACACCCAUUGCAGUGAGGUUUUCUACAGUUGCUGGCGAGUCUGGCUCUGCUGAUACUGUUCGUGAUCCCCGUGGCUUUGCUUUGAAGUUCUACACAGAAGAUGGGAACUGGGACCUCACCGGAAACAAUACUCCUAUCUUUUUUAUCCGUGAUCCUUUGCUGUUCCCAUCUUUCAUACAUUCUCAGAAGAGGAACCCACAGACUCAUCUCAAGGAUCCAGACAUGGUGUGGGACUUUUGGGGCCUUCGUCCUGAGUCAUUACAUCAGGUUUCCUUCUUGUUUAGUGAUCGGGGUAUUCCAGAUGGUCAUAGACACAUGAAUGGCUACGGUUCUCAUACAUUUAAACUGAUCAGUCCUGCUGGGAAGGCUGUCUACUGUAAAUUCCAUUAUAAGACUGAUCAAGGCAUUAAAAACCUCACUGUGGCAGAAGCAGAUCAACUAGCUUCAACAAACCCAGACUAUGGACUCUAUGAUCUUUACAAUGCUAUUGCUAGUGGAAGCUAUCCAUCCUGGACUUUUUACAUUCAAGUGAUGACCUUUGAAGAAGCAGAAAAAUUUCCCUGGAAUCCUUUUGAUCUGACUAAGAUAUGGCCACACAACGAUUUCCCCUUGAUUCCAGUGGGGAAGUUGGUGCUCAAUCGAAAUCCAGUGAACUAUUUUGCGGAGGUAGAGCAGAUUGCAUUUGACCCGAGUAAUAUGCCUCCAGGGAUUGAGCCAAGUCCUGACAAGAUGUUGCAGGGUCGUUUGUUCUCUUACCCAGACACUCAUCGUCAUCGAUUGGGAGCCAAUUACCUACAAAUACCAGUGAAUUGCCCUUAUAAAGCCAGAGUUGCAAACUACCAAAGAGAUGGACCCAUGUGCAUUACAGAUAACCAGGGUGGGGCUCCAAAUUAUUUUCCUAAUAGCUUCAGUGCUCCUGAUGCUCGGGCACAGUACCUGGAGACAAAAUUCAAAGUUUCAGCAGAUGUUGCUCGCUACAACAGCUCUGAUGAUGAUAAUGUGUCUCAGGUGCGUACGUUCUAUACAAAGGUACUAAAUGAAGAUGAGAGACAGCGCCUAUGUGAGAACAUUGCUGGACAUUUGAAGAACGCUCAACUUUUUAUCCAAAAACGUGCAGUUAAGAACUUCAUGGAUGUUCACCCAGAUUAUGGAAAUGGCAUUCAGUCCUUAUUGGAUAAGUACAAUGCUGAGAAUAAAAAGAAUGUGAUUCACACCUACUCUUCGAAUUCAGCAUUGGGUGCUAAGGCUUCUAAGAUGUGAUGCCGCCACUUGGAUUUGCUCAUAUACUUGCUGAAUGACACAAAGAAGACAUCUAACAUUACCUCUUAAUUCUAAAAUAAGUGUUAACUUUAUGUAUAAUCUACUGACUUUUCUAAGGAUGAGCAAAUUGACAAAAUUGUCUAUAGGCUUAAAGUCUAAAAUGAAUAAUUUAGAGUAUUCUUUGAAGAGAUACAAAUUUGAAUUAUUCUAAAGCACUUUUAGAGUGAGGUGUUAGAUUAAAAUACUACAUCUUUUUCUAACAACAAAAUUAUGGUCUUAUACAGAAUAUAUCAGUGAUUCCGUCCUAACAAUAAAAAAAGGAUUUGUUUCAUUACUUUUUAAAACA